UCAAUGCCCAUUUGCCCGUGCCUUUUCGCUCGUUGCUUUGGGCUGUCUCCAUCCUCUCCACCACCUCUGUGCUGGCUGGAGGGCCGAGAACAAGAGAUCUGCUGGCCCAACUCACCUGCGGCUGUUCUUCGACUCCUCUUCGUCCUUCGCACUGAGCGCCCUUCAAUCUUUCACAGCGACAUACCUACUUCAAUUCAGUCUUUUCCACGUUGGAUUUUGGCUUUCUGUUGAGACGGUUGUCUCGUCCCACAUUCUUUUGUCUGUUUUCGGCCACGGCUCCCUUCACGGCCCAGCCGCUUCCUUUCGACCACGCAAUUCUCCUCUUCGUCACAACAAGAACUCGUGGUUGAUCCACAGUCAUUUGGCACUUCAUCAUAAUCUUUUCAGUAUUGGAUCCCCCGACCUCGUGUCAACGUAAAUCUGUCAAAGGGGUUAAAGUCAAAGAGUUACGACUGCGGAUCGCGCACGAGACACACGAGGAGGAGCUUUGCCGGGAUCAACACCUCUGAUCUCGUCAGGUCCAAGUGGCCCUGUGACGCUACAAUUGUGAGGAAUAAACGUUUGGACCUUCGCGGAGAGCGGCGCUCGCAAUGGCGUCGAAUGGGCUUUUCGAGUCCUCUGCACAUCAGUUAUUUCGUCGCUGUGUCCAGUGCCCCCCCGACCCUCCGAGCUGCCCGGCAUGCGGCGUAGAUGAGACCUGCUCCUUGACUGCUCAGUCAUGCGACUCCUGCGCGUCCACCACCUGCGUCAAAAUUGGAUCUCUGCCAGGUCAAUCAGCGCCAAAGAAGUCCACACCUGUCGGCGGCAUCGUCGGCGGAGUUGUUGGAGGCGUGGUCCUUCUGGCUGCCAUUGUUUAUUUGGUAUACCGGUUUCGAAUCCGUAAGAAACGGCGCGCUCUGGCUUGGGAUCCUCCAGAAAAGAGAGAUCAAUCUACGCUUCACCGUGGCGACCGUCAAUCCACCAGGUCUGCUCAUUCAAUUGCCUCCACGGUCUUUACGCGAGCUUCGAAUGUUAUCCAGAUCGCCUACAUCCCAGGAGUAACCGUCCGAUCACCCCCAGACUCACCAGGACUUAUGAUUCCACCCGUUCCCUCGAUUCCUGGAGGCAUUGCGUCCAACUCGGCAACCGGAUCACCCCAACUAGAGCAGCAUUUCUUCAUGCCAAAGGACCUGAGAGAUUCUACCUGGUCGGACGCUUCUUCCCUCGACCCGCGAAUAAGUCUUGCACCGAGCUUGGCUCGCGCAAGUGUGGCGACAACGAUUUACCGCAGUGAUGCUAUUGUUCCACCUAUCCCAGCUCAGCAGGCCUUCCGAGCGCAAGCCAACGUGGUGAGUGUCAAGUCCGGCUCGAACACCCCAGGAACAUCCUCGACCCCGAGCACCAGAACGCCACAGAUCCCUCAAGUCCCACAAGUGCCCAAGUUGGGAAGCGGCAACAGCUCCAUUGUGGCGCGAAAUGUUACCGCUCGGCCUAUCGAGGUCAAGAAAGUCAGUUCAGGCAACAGAGUCCCUACGCUGGCAAAUCUGGCCAAAGAAGCCGCUCGAAAGAGCAGCACUGCUACGAGCUCCAAGGAGAGCAUCGCAUUCUUUGUGGAUGAAAAGGAAGUGGUGACUUCGCCUGCGACAACCACCCCCAUGUCCGUCCUAGAUGAGUCCCCAAUCUCACCUCUGGUGAUUCCUAAGCAGCCCUUCGCUGCCAAUCACUCAGCGAGAUCGUCAUCGGUGAGCGCCAUUCUUCCUCUGGAAGGGUCUAAGGAAGGCUCCUCGAACGGGCCCACACACCGGCACACUGGCAGCGCCACCUUGAGUGCCGUGAUUGAGGAUGCUAUCAAACGUGCCCGGAAUCCUGAACACAUGAACGUGACGAGUCCGACUUUGCGGCCAGAACUGGUCAAGCACGACUCUGGACCGUUUUCGGAUGCCAACGAAGUGAAGGAGAAUUUACCUUGAUGUACAAUAACUUGUUUUCGUUUCUAUCAUAUCCGGCACCUUGGGAAACGCCGGCAUGUGCCACGAGGCCCUUGACGAUAUAUUGGGUGGUUAGAUUAGGAUGAUCUAGAGAUCGAUUCUCGUUAGGAAAAUUAUACUACCCUACCAUCACGAUGAAGAGA